AUGACGCCGCAACGCAAGCAUCGGGCCAACUCACCUGAAUUCCCCAUACUCGAGGCCAAUGCUCUGUAUGCCGGUCAGAUACGAGGUGACGGCAACUGCCUCUUCAACGCCCUGUCCGACCAACUCUAUGGCGACCAGGAAAUGAAUGAGGUAUUGCGCACGGCGACUAUUGAGCACAUGCGAGACAACUCGGAUUUCUACCGUCAGUACAUGACUGUGAACAACGUACGGAGGAAUCCCAAACGCAAGACCACCGCUGCGCUGCACACUCGUAUCGAUACCACCUACUACACCGAGGAGCAGUUGCAGCAGCAAUUCGAAGACCAUGUCGAGAAGAUGGGGCAACCGGGCGAGUGGGCCGAUAACAUGGAGGUGUCCGCUUUCGCUUCGGCCCUGAAUGUGCACGUUCGCCUCUGGCAGGCUGACUACACCUACCUCUUCUCACCACGCAACUACUAUGUGCCUAAUGAUGAUGCUGCCUCUGUUGAUCAUCGCAAAACACUACACAUUGCAUAUCAUAGCUGGGAGCAUUAUUCCUCAGUUCGCAACCUGGCCGGACCGCACACUGGUCCCCCCCAGGUUCACAUCACAUCAGAGAUGAUCACCAAGAAGCGCUCAAGCCCGAGUAUUGAUGGAGACCACGAUGACCAACACAGCAGAGCCCGUAAGCGGCGGUCACCAUUGCCACUAUUCGACUCAGACUCGACACCGGAAGGCACUGAAAGCUCAUCAGAUGAAUCCAACGGCGGGCUGAUAUCAUCUCAGCAAUCUUGCCCCGAACUUCCACUGGCGGAGCAGAAUGCAAAGCCGCAAAAGCUGACCAUCAAACUCCGAGGCCUGCGUACAACAGAUCCCAUUGAUUUAUCUGUAAAGUCGCGGUCCUCGACACCAGCCCCACUACCGGUGUCAGCACCCACACCAAGCAAGGUCACACCAAGCGAGGUCACACCAAGCAAGGCUUCGGCCGAAGCAAACACGGCAACGCCGACCAAGUCCAUCGACACCGUUGACGACACCAACGCUCUGAAGACAUGA